CGCGCUUCGCCCGUUCCGGGCCGCGCCCAAGAGCUGCUGCCGCACCGCUGCGGAGUCGCAGCCGCCAGCUUCAUCGCAGAGCGCGGCUCAGCCCGGCGUCCGCGCAGUCUCCGCCAGCCUCCGCCAGCCUCGUCUCCGCCAAACCUUCCCUCCCGGCCUCAUCCUCCCCAACCUGAUCUCCUCAAGCCUCAUCCUCUCCCAUCUUGAUCUUCUAAAGCUGGAUCCCCCGCAAGCCUGAUCCUUUCCAAGCCUGAUUCCCCUCCCAGCUUGAUCCGUCACGCCUGAUCCCCAAAACUUGAUCCCCCCAACUUGUUCCCCCAAGGCCUGAUAGUCCAGGUUGACCCUCUUCUCAGACCUGAAAUUCCAAAGCUUCAUACCCCAAAGCUUUAUACCCGCAGCAUGAACCUCUCCAAAUGAUCCUACCAGCUUGACUUCUCCAAGACUGGUCACUCCCCAAGCCUGAUCCUUCACUCAGCCCUUGUCCUCUGCCUCAGUUUCCAUAUUGUCGCAUGCCAAGCUUGAUACCCUCCCAGACUAAAAUCAUAUCCUCUGUCUCAUCCCUUUUUUCCCCCCGAAUUAGCUUGAACCCCCUCAGUCCCCAACCUCAGCUUCCAGCAUUAAUUCCCUGCAUCUUGAGCCCCCACCCUUAGGGUCUAGCCUUAGGCCCAUCCAUCCCCUCCCCAUCCACGCUUUUGCUCAGCCUUCGAUCCCAGUGGCCUUUCUGCUGCCUCCUACCCAGGCUCCCUCGGGAGCCCCCUGGGUAAUCACCAACCUGCUUUCGAAGAGUUGGGACUGGUGCCCAGGAGGUGUGGACCACAGUCACCAGUUCCCUGCUGGGUCCCAGGGAGACCGCGCACUGAGGGACACGUCUCUUCCAAGUGCAACCCAGGGCAUGCUGGCAGCCCCGAGGGGCUGGGAGGCUCAGUUAGAGUCUAACCAGGUAGAUAGGGUUAGGCACAGGCGGAGACUCCCGCCCGCAUGGAAAGUCCGUGCCCCUCGCCUGCAGCUGCCAUGGAAGCUCCUUGGACCCUUUAGAAGCUUCUCGCCGCCUUCACAGGAGCCCCAGAGGAUGUCCAGUGGGGUCUUCCCAGUUGAGCAGGUGGCUGCAGGGGACAUGGAUGACGCAGCAGCACGCUUCUGUGUGCAGAAGCACUCAUGGGACGGGCUGCGUAGCAUCAUCCAUGGCAGUCGCAAGUCGUCAGGCCUCAUCGUCAGCAAGGCCCCCCACGACUUCCAGUUUGUGCAGAAGCCUGAUGAGUCUGGUCCCCACUCUCACCGUCUCUAUUACCUGGGAAUGCCCUAUGGCAGCCGUGAGAACUCCCUCCUCUACUCUGAGAUCCCCAAGAAGGUGCGGAAGGAAGCCCUGCUGCUGCUGUCCUGGAAGCAGAUGCUGGACCACUUCCAGGCCACACCCCACCACGGUGUCUACUCACGAGAGGAGGAGCUGCUGCGGGAACGCAAACGCCUGGGCGUCUUCGGCAUCACCUCCUACGACUUCCACAGCGAGAGCGGCCUCUUCCUCUUCCAGGCCAACAACAGCCUGUUCCACUGCAGGGAUGGUGGCAAGAAUGGCUUCAUGGUGUCCCCGAUGAAGCCACUGGAGAUCAAGACCCAGUGUUCUGGGCCACGCAUGGACCCCAAGAUCUGCCCUGCAGACCCCGCCUUCUUUUCCUUCAUCAACAACAGUGACUUGUGGGUGGCAAACAUGGAGACUGGGGAGGAACGGCGGCUCACCUUCUGUCACCAGGGUUCAGCCAGUGUCCUGGACAAUCCCAGGUCAGCAGGCGUGGCCACCUUUGUCAUUCAAGAGGAGUUUGACCGCUUCACUGGGUGCUGGUGGUGUCCCACGGCCUCUUGGGAAGGUAGGGAAGGCUCCGAAGGCCUCAAGACACUGCGCAUCCUGUAUGAGGAAGUGGACGAGUCUGAGGUAGAGGUCAUUCAUGUGCCCUCCCCUGCCCUGGAGGAGAGGAAGACAGAUUCCUACCGCUACCCCAGGACAGGCAGCAAGAAUCCCAAGAUUGCCCUGAAGCUGGCUGAGAUCCAGACGGACCAUCAGGGCAAAAUCGUGUCAAGCUGCGAGAAGGAACUGGUGCAGCCAUUCAGCUCCCUUUUCCCCAAAGUGGAGUACAUUGCCCGGGCUGGCUGGACACGGGAUGGCCGAUAUGCCUGGGCCAUGUUCUUGGACCGUCCCCAACAACGGCUCCAGCUUGUCCUCCUGCCCCCUGCCCUCUUCAUCCCGGCCCUUGAGAGUGAGGCCCAGCGGCAAGCGGCUGCCAGAGCCAUCCCCAAGAAUGUGCAGCCCUUCAUCAUUUACGAAGAAGUCACCAAUGUCUGGAUUAACGUCCACGACAUCUUCCACCCAUUCCCUCAGGCUGAGGGUCAGCAGGACUUUUGUUUCCUCCGUGCCAACGAGUGCAAGACUGGCUUUUGCCACCUGUACAGGGUCACUGUGGACCUUAAGACUAACGACUAUGACUGGACAGAACCCCUCACCCCUACAGAAGAUGAGUUUAAGUGCCCCAUCAAGGAGGAGGUCGCCCUGACCAGUGGCGAGUGGGAGGUCUUGUCGAGGCAUGGCUCCAAGAUCUGGGUCAACGAGCAGACGAAGUUGGUGUACUUUCAAGGUACAAAGGACACGCCCUUGGAACAUCACCUCUAUGUGGUCAGCUACGAGUCAGCCGGCGAGAUCGUGCGGCUCACCACGCUUGGCUUCUCCCAUAGCUGCUCCAUGAGUCAGAACUUCGACAUGUUCGUGAGUCACUACAGCAGUGUGAGCACGCCGCCCUGUGUGCAUGUGUACAAGCUGAGCGGCCCUGAUGACGACCCGCUGCACAAGCAACCACGCUUCUGGGCCAGCAUGAUGGAAGCAGCCAGUUGCCCCCCGGACUAUGUGCCCCCUGAGAUCUUCCACUUUCACACCCGUGCAGACGUGCAGCUGUACGGCAUGAUCUACAAGCCACACACCCUGCAACCUGGGAGGAAGCACCCCACUGUGCUCUUUGUCUAUGGGGGCCCACAGGUGCAGUUGGUGAACAACUCCUUUAAGGGCAUCAAGUACCUGCGGCUAAACACACUGGCAUCCUUGGGCUAUGCUGUGGUGGUGAUCGAUGGUCGGGGCUCCUGUCAGCGGGGCCUGCACUUCGAGGGGGCCCUGAAAAAUCAGAUGGGCCAGGUGGAGAUUGAGGACCAGGUGGAAGGCUUGCAGUAUGUGGCUGAGAAGUACGGCUUCAUUGACAUGAGCCGAGUCGCCAUCCAUGGCUGGUCCUACGGUGGCUUCCUCUCACUCAUGGGGCUUAUCCACAAGCCACAAGUAUUCAAGGUAGCCAUUGCGGGUGCUCCUGUCACUGUGUGGAUGGCCUAUGACACAGGGUACACGGAACGAUACAUGGAUGUCCCUGAAAACAAUCAGCAAGGAUACGAGGCGGGGUCUGUAGCCCUGCAUGUGGAGAAGCUGCCCAAUGAGCCUAACCGCCUGCUGAUCCUCCACGGCUUCCUGGAUGAAAACGUGCACUUUUUCCACACAAAUUUCCUGGUGUCCCAGCUGAUCCGAGCAGGGAAGCCAUACCAGCUCCAGAUCUACCCAAAUGAGAGACACAGCAUUCGCUGCCGUGAGUCUGGAGAGCAUUAUGAGGUGACUUUGCUGCAUUUCCUGCAAGAACACCUGUGACCUCAGACCUGCGUCCUUACACCACAGCUGCUUUUCUUGCGUUUUUGUAAUCUUAAUUUUUGAAGCUUCCAAUUUGUUUGCUUGCUGCUGCUGCUGCUGCCUGGGGGCCAGGACACAGGCGGUGGCCCUCAUGCCACCCUCAUUGAGCUGGUGAGAAGCCGCCAUUGUGCCCACGCUUCCACCAGGCUGCCAUGGCCCCGACCUUGCAGCACCGUCCCCACACAGAAGCAUGUGCUGCCCACCACCCCCGCAGUCAUGUGUGUUUGGGUUGGGCAUUUUAAAUAAUUAUUUAAAAGACAGGAAGUAAGCGGUACCAAGUCAUGAAACUGAAGGUACAGCACUGGGCAGAUGGGGACCCCACACUCUCCCUACGCCCAGACUAUGUGGAGCUGCCAAGCCUCCGUCUGGGCACCUUCUGCCCUGCCUGUCUGCUGCCCGGCUCCUCCUCACUUAUCACCUCGGGGUGCCAGGGUCGGGAGUAGGACAUGUCCUGACCUCAGGGUUAUAGCCCUUCCCCACCGCCUCCUACAAGAGUUCCGGCAUACAGAAGUAAAAAAGAAAGAGAACAAACAAACAACAACCAAACCAGAAACCACCUCUACAUAUUAUGGAAAGAAAAUAUUUUUGUCAAUUCUUAUUCUUUUAUAAUUAUGUGGUACGUAGACUCAUUAAACAAUUCCAAAUGAA